UUUUUUUCCUCUUCUCCCUGCCUGGAGAAGUUUCAUUUCUUGCUGGGGGGAGUGUACUGCCACAAGGUGACAGCAUCUCCUCUUUCCAGCCAGCACCCUUGCCCCAGCUGUCAUUUUCCAAGAAAAAAUCCACUUCUUGGCUGGCUGUCAGUAAAACACCAGCUUUCUGUGGAUACACAGGCCCUCUGUAUCCCUGGACUUCCUAAGCUGCUAGGAAGGUGCCCUCCAUCUUCACGUGCGGAAACAACUGGAGUACAGCGCCUGUUUGCUCCGUUGCGUUACAUUACAAGCCCAGCUCUGGCUUUCUCCUGCCCCUACAGUGCUGGCUGAUGGGUUUAGACCUUGGAAGGGACCAGGUGCCCCAUUGCUUCAUUUUUAGGGGGUAAAAAAAAAACAUUUUCUGGGAGCCUCCAGGACAGCUCUUAGCCGCCAGCAGCUGGUUUGGCACUUGCAAGGGGUCUGUGGGGCAUCUCAGUCCAUUGGAGGAGCUUGUCCCGCAGCGAGCCGUGCCCGUGGCCUCCAGACCGGACUGCAGUGUGAUAACUGACGUGGGGACCAGCACCACCCCAGUGGCCCUGCAGCCCCCAGCCAGCACAGGAUGUGGCCUCUGGCUGCGUGGGCAGGACUGGGGCUGGCACAGCGCAGCGGAAGGAGGGGGCAGAGGAGCCGGCGUGGGUGCCUGGAGCGGCUGCUUGGCCUCCCGGGCCAGCAGCCCAGGCAUCACUGACACAGCAUAUGUGAACAGGAUGGUGGGGGCCCAGCAUUGUAGGCAGGCUGCACCGCAGCUCCACUGGGAGGAGCUGGGCUUGUUUGGCUUACACAGAGGAAGGCUGAUGGGGGUGGAGUGUGUCCUCUUCAACGAGGAGUACAUGACCUGCAUGUGGGGGAGCAGAGAGACGCUCACGGCCAACUACUCCCUCUACUACUGGUAUGAGAACAGGUCCCCUGUGAUGGAGUGCAAGCACUACCUGCAGGACCGGGGCAUCAGUGUCGGCUGCCACUUCAACCAGAGCGAGAUCAUCCAGUUCCAGCCUUUCCAUGUCCUUGUCAAUGCCAGCCUUGGCGGCAGGACACUGGAGAUCCCCAGCAAGCGCAUGGAGCUGCAGGACCUGGUGAAACCAGAGGCGCCCGUCAACCUGACCAUCCGCAACAUGAGCAACAACCAGCUGCAGCUGACCUGGACCUCCCCGUACCCCAAAACCCAGUGCCUGGAGCACGCCAUCAAGUACAAGAGCAACAAGGACACCAGCUGGACGGAGCACCAGGUGAAAGGAGACGUCUUCUCCUUCCCCAGUGUAGACUACGAGAAGUACUACACCUUCUAUGUGCGCAGCAAGAUCAACAGCUACUGCGGCACCACCCAGCUCUGGAGUGAGUGGAGUGUGCCUGUGGUCUGGGGCAGCAACUCCACCAGUAAGGGCACGGCAGAGGAGCAGCUGCACUGGUUCUGGAUCCACACGGUGUUGAUCCCCAUUGUCUCUUGCCUGCUCUUGCUGGUCCUUGUCGUCCUGCUGGUGCGCAUGGAAAGGGUGUGGGUCAUCCUCAUGCCCCGAAUCCCCAACCCCAGCAAGAACUUCGACGAGCUCUUCAUCACCCACAAGGGCAACUUCCAGGAAUGGGCCGGAGUCCCCAAAGAUGUCAUGGAGAGCUUCAAGCCCAACUACAGCGAGAACAUCUGCUACGUGAGCGAGCUGCCCCCCAAGGACAGCUACGAGCCCCUGUGGGAGGGCAGCAAUCACCCACCAUCGCUGAUGCCUGGGGCUCUGGCUGCCACCCGUGAGCACAGCCCCUACAAGAACAGCUACGUGGGAGUGUGACGCACUCCUGCACCCCUGCACCCUGCAUGCUUCACACCGCUGCUGCCCGAAACCUUGCUGCCCCACAGACCUCACUCCCUGCUCUCACCCUGCCUCUGCCAAAUGCCUGGGACCCCCAGCCCUGCUCCCUGCCAUGGUCACACUCAGUCCCCCACAACAUGGCAGCUGUACUGCACCACAGGGUGCUGCGUGAGCAUGGUGUGCUUGGUGCACUGGGUGGUGCACUGGGUGCACUGCAGUGUGCUGUGUGCACCAGGUGAUGCAAUUGGUGCACUGCACAGUGCCCGGGGUGCAGUGCAUAGCACCCUGGAUGCGCAAUUUGUUGCAUGCAUGACAUGGAUCAGGUGGCACCGGGUGCUGCUCUGGGUGCGUAGCAGCACACUGGGCACACUGCACAGUGUCCCAGCACCUGCCCUGUCCUUGGGGCGUCCAGGAAGGCAGGGUGACAUCCAUCCUACCAUGAGCCCUGCCACAUGCAGGAUCCCUCUCAGGGUUGCCAUGGCAGAGCAGAGCUGUGGGAGGGCUGACGGCCUCCCACACUGCACUCCCGUGGGCCCCCAUGCUGGGCAUAUUGGAGCUGGUGGGAGCCUGCCAAGCCCCCCUCCUUGCUUUGUGGUUCCUGCAAGCACACCCAGGGACUUACCCCAAUGAGGGGGCAGCUGUGGCUGAGCAGGCAGGAGCCACUGGCCAACCGAUGGGGACACUGGGGCUGAGAAUCGCCAAGGGCCAGAGGGGCCAAGUGUGGGAAAAUAACAGAAGAUCGGCGAGAAGGACUGUAAACACACUCAACUGACUUGCAUCUGGGGUGUAGAAAAACACAUAUAUCAUACUAAUUGUUGUCUAUCCUUGUGUGUUUGACAAGUGGAACAUCUGUGUUCAGAUAACAUAGGCCAGUGAUAGACUUAGGGGCACCCUAUUGAACAUGCUUGAGAUUCCUGCCCUGCUGUGGGAAAGAUCAAAGCACAGUGGUAAACUACGCCUGCGUGAAUCCCGGAAAAACAGGCAAAAACAGCAGCUUUGGCGAUCCUCUAGCAUGGACUGAGCUCCACGGCGCCUGCAUUCCUGCUUGUGUGCCUCUGCUUGUAUGCUGCUUGGGGAUACCCCAGUUCACGAGGUAAUGAAAAUAAAUUUGCUCUUUGCAUUUCA